GGAGUAUGCGGACGCGGUCACCAAAUACUGGGAGGGUGGGAUGGCAAGAACAAGAAGCCUUUUCUAACGUGUCGGCCGGCGGCUUUUUCCUUUGCUUAAAUGGGAAAAGGGUUUAAAAAAUUGAAAUGUCAGUGAGUAAUGAAUGCUUUAUUACGGCUUAUCUGAUCUGUAUUUUCCAUAUUUUGAUCCAACCAACCUUCUUUCCCGAACUCAAACCGCGUUCAUCUUCUCUCUCACUAUUAUAUUCACUUUUUUUCCCAUUAUUUCUCUGAUCUCUUUUUCGAUUCUCCAACAAGUUCAAGUUUUUUCAUGGUGUUCCAAAUUCCAACCAGAAUUUCGGACAAUUGCUUGUCAAAAUUCAGUUACUGUUAAUCGUUAGUGUUUAAUACAGGGUUUUGACUUCUUAAGACUUUGGAGUUGAGUUUGUUGAAUUCGUGUUCCGAAGAAGAAGAAGAAGAGAAAGUUUUUGCUAUUUUUUUGUUGGAUUAAUUGAUAUGGAAACAAAGGCGACGACGAGGUGUCCUCUUGCACGGGAAGACGAGGAUGUAUCGGAAGUGGAUGACGAAGAAUUGGAAGUUGCAGAAGUUAUUGACCCUACUUUUCGGCUUAUGUAUCUUGCGAAUGAAGGUGAUCUGGAAGGGAUAGUUGAGCUAUUGGAUUCUGGAACAGAUGUGAAUUUCAAGGACGUAGAUGGAAGGACAGCGCUGCAUGUUGCUGCUUGCCAGCGCCGUGCUGAUGUUGUUGAAUUGCUGCUUCAGAGGGGAGCCGAAGUUGAUCCGACAGAUCGAUGGGACAGUACGCCUCUUGCAGAUGCAAUACAUUACAAAAACCAUGACGUUAUCAAAAUUUUGGAGAAACAUGGUGCCAAGCCUCUGAUGGCUCCUAUGCAUGUCCAAAAUGCCCGUGAAGUCCCAGAGUAUGAGAUUGAUCCUACUGAGCUUGAUUUUACGGAAAGUGUUAACAUAACUAAGGGAACCUUUUGCAGUGCGUCAUGGCAUGGAAUCCAAGUUGCUGUGAAGACACUUGGGGAGGAUGUGUUCACUUAUGAUGAUAAAGUAAGGGCAUUUAGGGAUGAGCUUGCUUUGCUUCAGAAGAUACGGCAUCCAAAUGUUGUCCAGUUUUUGGGGGCUGUAACUCAAAGUUGUCCGAUGAUGAUAGUCACGGAAUAUUUACCCAAGGGGGAUCUCCGUGCAUUUUUGAAAAGAAAAGGAGCAUUAAAGCCAGUGACAGCAAUCAGAUUUGCUCUUGAUAUUUCAAGGGGAAUGAAUUAUUUGCAUGAGAAUAAGCCUGAAGCUAUAAUUCACCGUGAUCUUGAGCCUUCAAAUUUAUUGCGGGAUGAUUCUGGACAUCUAAAAGUUGCAGACUUUGGAGUUAGCAAGCUGCUCAAAAUGAAAAAUAAUGUUAAAGAGAAUUCUCUAAUGAAUAGCCUAGAUGGGGCUUGCCGGUAUUUGGCUCCUGAAGUGUAUAGAAAUGAAGAAUAUGAUACAAAAGUAGAUGUCUUCUCAUUUGCUUUAAUUCUGCAAGAGAUGAUUGAGGGCUGUCCACCAUUUUCUUCAGAACUGGAAACUACAGUUCCUAAAGCAUAUGGUGCAAAAAAGCGACCACCUUUUAGAGCUCCAGCAAAACAUUAUGCACACGGAUUAAGAGAGUUAAUUGAGGAAUGCUGGAGUGAGAAGCCAGCAAAGAGACCAACGUUCAGAGCAAUAAUUGCUAGGCUGGAGUCUAUUAAUAACCAUUUUAUUCAUCACAAUCGGUGGAAG